AUGAUGAUGCCGCAAAUGUUGAACUCCAACAACCCAGCUUUCCAUGAAGAUUUAUCUGAGCAGGAGCGUGCUCGGAUAGACCCUCGGCGCUUCCCCGCUCUCUUCGACAAGACCGUAAACGAAUCCGAUGAAUUUCGGAUGUACGGUUUCAAGAUCAAGCGCUGUCCGAGGAUACGAAGCCAUGACUGGACGCAGUGUCCCUAUGCCCACCGUGGCGAGAAGGCGCGCCGCCGUGACCCUCGGAGGUACAACUACGCGGCCAUAGCCUGCCCGGAGUUCCGUGAAGACGGAGAAUGCACUAGGGGAGUCACGUGCCAGUUCGCUCACGGGGUCUUCGAGUACUGGCUUCACCCGGAGAAGUAUCGCACACGCCCAUGCAACGCCGGGCAAUUCUGCACCAGAAAGGUUUGUUUCUUCGCGCACUCGCUAGCAGAGCUCAGGCACCAACACACCCGGCACCGUCGCGUCUUGGCCAUCGACGAACCGGCACUGGGGAGAAGAUGGCGCCGCCACUAUAGAGAAGCCUCGACGCGACCCAGUGGGGGUACUUCUACCCCUGAUUUUCUGGCCAGUUUGAGUGGGUUGGUGAUCAGGGAAGGCGAUCAAAGGGCAAGGGGAAUUCAGCAACAGCCGGAUGGUCCUGACAUUGGGUGGAUUGCUGAUCUGGUUGUACUUACUGAUGAGUUCGGAUGA